AUGGAUUCCAGGAUCUCCCUCCUCUGCUCCCUCGUCCUCGCCUCCUCCCUCCUGCACUGCGCCAGAUCCGACGGCAAUGACGCUCAGCUUCUCAAGGGCAUCAACAGCUACAGGUCCUCCCUCAAGGUCCCGGCGCUGACGGAGAACAAGAACGCGGCGUGCCUCGCUGAGCAGCUCGUGAAGCAGUUCAAGGGGCAGCAGUGCACCAACACCACGGGCGCCAACACCGUCAUCGGCACCGAGCAGCAGUUCCCGGACUACCCAAAGUACCUGGACCACUGCCACCUCAAUGCGUCGGUGACCGAGGACGGCCAGGUGAUGCCGGCGUGUGUGCCGGGCCUCGUCCCCGCCGUCGUGCUCACCAACUACACCAAGUCGCAGUACAACCGGUUCCUGAAUGACAGCCAGUUCUCCGGUGUCGGGAUCGCUAAUGAGGGCGACUGGGUGGUGGUUGUCCUCAGCACCAGCACGGGCUCCGGUGACUACUCGCCGGCUCCGCCGGGCUCCAACUGGGCGGUUUCGGCUCAGCCCUUCAGCCAACUGGUUCUUUUGUUGAUAGGAUUUGUGAUCUUGCUGAUGAAGUGA